AUGGCAUCAUUGUUGUUCCGUGCGAUACCGAAACGCGACGGAUAUUUGUACGACAGAUGGGAUUCAUUGUUGUUCAAUGAUGGCAAAUUUGAUAAGCCGCUAAAUUGUACGAAUGGAAUUAAAUGGAUUCUGGAUGUUUUCGGAGAUUGUGUGGACACGAAAUUGAAGUUAAUUGGUUUUAUCAUUGGAUUCAUAUCAUUGUUUCUGUGGCUUCUGCCCUUAAUUCCACAACUUUUGCAUAAUUAUCGUAAUAAGCGCUGCGAUGCGCUUUCCAUUUAUUUUAUCCUUUUUUGGAUUGUUGGUGAUUCAUGCAAUACAGCAGGAGCAAUACUUACAGAUCAACAACCUCUUCAGAAAAUUAUUGGUGUUUACUACAUCGUACAGGAUAUGGUGCUUCUCAGCCAGUAUUUUUAUUACAGUCGCAUUUAUCCACAUCGACUGCGAGUUUCGGCACGAAGCAGUCCAAUAACAAGUCCAACAGCAAUAAUACCAGGCAUUUUCGUUGGAUUACUAACGGGUGGAACACUGCUUUUAACUGGACAUGCAUCGAAUAAAUUUGAUUAUCAAGUUUAUGAAAUGGCAGUCGGAAGAAGAAAAUUACUUUUAACUAAACCACUUGGUGGACCACCAUUUUUUUACGGCUAUUACGAUUUGCUCGGUUACAUAAUUGGUUCUAUAGCCGCAACAUGUUACUUUGCCGGUCGAAUUCCGCAGUUAUUAAAGAAUUAUUAUCGACAAUCUUGUGAAGGUCUAUCGCUGAUUAUGUUCUACAUAAUUAUACUAGCAAAUGCUACAUAUGGAUUAUCUGUUUUACUGGAAGCAACUAAUUGGCAUUAUAUUUUACGUCACUUACCGUGGUUGGCAGGUAGUUUAG